AUGGGCUCCAAUGAAGGGAUGUACCCACCAGGUGGGUUUACCAAUUUUCUCCAGUCAAAUGGUAGUCCAGAGAAUUUCCAUUUAGUUGAAAAUACAACAAGUAGAACUACAAUUUCUCCAACUGCUCCAAGUUUGAAAAGAACCCUAGAAAGCAAUGCAGAAGACAAAGAAACAAUCAAUAUUGAUGCGGAUGAAACCAACGAAGACGAGAGGACUGAGAGGCGAUUGAAUUGGACGAAACCUGAAGACGUUAGAUUGGCUUCUGCUUGGCUGCGUAACUCAAAGGACCCAGUUGAUGGAACCGAUAGGAAGGCAGAUCAAUAUUGGACGGAUGUUACUGAAGAAUACAAUAAAAGCACAGAGGUUUGCCGUAGGAGAAACCGGAAUCAACUGAAGAUCCGCUGGGACCGUGUUAAGAAACCAGUAAUGGAUUUCCAUGGUUGCUGGAAUAGAACCACCAAAGUCUACAGAAGUGGUGUGAGCGAUGAUCAACUGAUGGAAAUUGCUGAGAAGAUGUAUGCUGGUGAACAUAAUGACAAAGAAUUUACACUGAAGCACUUUUGGAAGGUUGUGAGGAAUGAAAGGAAGUGGUCUGCAUAUGUGAAAAAGGAACAGGAAAAAGAAAAGAACAAGAGUGCAGCUGAUUCGCCGUCUCAAGUGGUGAAUUUGGAAGAUAAUCCUAAGAUUCGUCCUAUUGGACAUAAGAAGGCUAAGGCUGAGCUCUAUGGGAAAAAGAAGACACCUGAAGCUUUUUCUGCUAUUACUGACAAGCUAGACAAGUUCAUUGAAGUAAGCACAUUGGCUAGAAAGGACCGUGAGAAGAUGGCGGAGACGCAACAAAUUAUGGCAAAAAGUAAGGUAGAAGCUGCUAGGUUGACUGAUAAGGCAGCAGAGAAGCAACUCAAGUGUAAAAUGCUAGACACUUACAGAGAGCUUCUCUUAGCUCCAACAACUAAUAUGAAUGCUCAUGCUUUGGCUGAGAGGGAGAAAGCACUAGAGAGUAUGAGUUCUUCUCUCUUCGUUCUCCUAAUGUCUAGCCAACCACCGAGUGAUGCUGAACCUCAAGACGAGGAUUGUAGUUCUUCUCUCUUCGUUCUCCUAAUGUCUAGCCAACCACCGAGUGAUGCUGAACCUCAAGACGAGGAUGGCAGCAUAUAUCCAGAAGAGUUGUACACAUUUGAAGAAUUUGAAGCCGAGCAAGAAGUAUUAGAAGACCUGCAAGAUGAGAUGGUUGCAGAAUUGAAGAAUGAUAUUGAAGCACUAGAAGAAGGGAGGAGACGCAGUAGUGGUCCAAGGAGGUAUGUGGCAAGGCCUCGAGAAGAAGCCAAUCAGCGGCUUAUGGAUGACUAUUUCACGGAGAAUCCUAUCUAUAAUUCUACUAUCUUUCGUAGAAGGUUUAGGAUGAGAAGGCUCUUGUUUCUGCGCAUUGUCCAUGCCCUAGAAGAUGGUUUCUGA